AUGUCCGUUAACGCUGAUGACUGUAACUGUAGAGCCGUAAGAAAUACUACUAAAAUCUGUCAGUACGAAAAAUCAUAUAGCUCCUACCCAAGACAAAUGAAAAAUGCGAAUGUACCAUCCUUUGAUGCAUUCGAUGCUCUGAUGAUUGAAAUAAUCAAAUAUUCAAAUUCCGUUUCAAGUGAUGAUUCGGAUAUUCGCUUUCUUGAAUCCCUUGGUGUAAACGUAAGCGAAAAGUUAAUCGAAAAAGCUACGAAAGAUCAUGCCAGGUUUAUCAAUGAAUUAGAUAUUGUUAAAUAUGUAUGCACAGAAUUUUGGUCAUCCGUAUACCACAAACAAGUUGAUACGCUUAAAACCAAUUACCAAGAUGUUUACGUUCUGAUUGUUAAUGAUUUUCAGCCUUUAGUGAAAUUCGAAAGUAUCCCAGAAGGCAUAUCAGAAAUCCCAAAGUAUCUGGCGUUCCCUUCAGGACUUUUGAAAGGAGCUUUGUGUAGUCUAGGGUUGAAUUGUGUUGUAGCAGCAGAUUGUGAACAACCACCUACAUGUAAAUUCACAGUUACAGUGCUUUCUUACAGAGGUAUAAGCUGA